AAUGUAAUACUUCAUGUAUAAUAAAUUAUUAAUAAUACGAUAUCCAAUGGCGAACCAGUGAACCGAACUUCGACUUGCUUUUACUUUCCGAAAAUAGUAUAUUAAACCAUGUUUUGCUCAGAAUGUGGCAGACCCACGGAGGCAACAAAUAAAUUUUGCCCUACUUGUGGGCAUAAAGCAGUGGAAAAGGGGGAGGUCUCUUCCAAAAAAGACGGUAAAAAAGACAUAAAAUGUCUCACUUUUGAGCAGUUUGCUGCAAAAAAAAGGCAAGAAAGAUCGACACAUUUCAGAACGUCGUCCAAGACUAAAAAAAAGUCAAAAGAUACAGAACCUUUUGCUUUAAUAAACAUUGGAUUAAUGAAAUACAUCAGCGCUGAUACAACAACUCCAGUUCGGGGAAAAUCAUUGCCACUGAAAGUUAAAAAAGAUGCCCCCUAUGCAGAAGUUUUCACGAUGGCGCUAACAAAACGGGAGGCAUAUGAUAAAUCAUUUGAUACCAAAUUGAGUUGGAACCUAGUAUACCCUGACGGCCAACCUUGUUCAACUCUUCCUGGACAAGAAGAAGAAUUCACAUUGAGGAAGUAUAAAGAAGACUUGGGGAAGCCAUAUAAUAGAAUUACAUUAUAUUUAUGUCCUGAUGAACCCGACAAUAUGAAUUCAGAAGACAUUGGCAGUGAUGAUCACCAUCAGUAUGAUCGUGAUCAAAAUGUCAGGAAAAAGGAACAAAAAGAAAAUGACACUGCAGGAUAUAUUGGUCCACAAAACAGGUAAUCAAAAUAAAAUUGUUAAUAUUUUAGCAAUAAUAUAUCAUGUAUAUAGUACUUCAAUCAAGGUCAUUCAUGCUAAUUAUAUGGCCUCAUUUCCCUAUAGUGAUGAUGGUAAAUGUCCCAUUGAAAUUGAUUCAGAUUCUGAAAGACAACUUGAUAGAAUCAAUUCUAGUAACAGUGUACCACCAAGUUAUGGCGCAACACAACAACAUGAUAAGAGCUCUAGUUCCAAUAAUAAUAUUGUGCAAAGUAAUGAAAUUGAUGCAUCUUCAUCUGAUACAAUGAUGUUGCUUACUGCUAAUGAUGACUUGCUGUAUGCAUCUUUGCUUUUUGAUGAGAAUAUGCAUUGGAGUGAUUCAGAAAGCGAAUAUUUACAGGACCCAGCAGUACCAUUGGAGAUUACAGAUGAUGACAAAUCUUUGCAAGACAUACUUUCAAAUUUAAAUACUCAAAUUAACUCCAAUGAAAUAUCCAAGUUUAAUAUAAGUCGAAGUCAUAUUUGGGAAGGGGCUGUAAGAGGCCUAAGCAGAAAGACAUUCUCUCCAGCAAACAAGGUCUCUGUCAAAUUCACAGAUGAUGUUGGGAAUGCUGAAGGAGCUGUCGAUUC